AAGCAGGCGUAAUAAACAUUAAACAAUACUAUACCUUAGCCUCAGCCGCACUUAUGGCCAUUGCUCCAUCUUUCUGGACCGAACGCAUCGGAUAUACGGACUCAAUCUUAGGUUUUCCACUCAUCCGUCAGUCUGACUAUGAGGGCAUCACCACCUGGUCCUUGCAAACCACCAAACUGUCAGACUACGUGGUUGAUCUGCCUUUGGUACUAGAUCAGUCUAUCGUAUGCACUGUCGUCUCGGGGCAUAUUCACCGCCAAUAUCUCUCGCCAUUUAUUGGUCUUGUCUCGUACUAUUGCUCGUUUACAAUCCACACUGCAAACGGAGUGGCAUCCAUGCGUUUAUACUGUAAUAUGCAGGCUGGAGUUUGUGUUAGUGUGCUAAACAUGUGGCAGAGAUCCCAUAUGAUUUCAGUAAUUCAUAAAUCCUUCGUGUUUUUUCCCUCUCAUCCCCACAUCGAGACUCCGCCGUCUGACGCGAGGAAAAAAUGUAGGCUAAAAGUAGAUCGCAGGUGGCCUUGGCGCCUGAGGCAUUCAUCUCCGGCAAGGUACAGCUUCAACUCUCCGAGUCUGUAGCUUGUGUACUUGUUGACUUGCAACACCACGCCUCGUUUUCUUGUAGGCAUGCACGUUGCUUCGGAGGUAUCUUGCCUUUGUUGCCAUCCCUUGCCGUCCUUUAUUUAAUGUGAAAUCACCAACAGCAGCCGGUUCCGCCUUUCAUUGGACUUGGAGCUAUCGUUUUUUCUCCGGCCCGGCCUCUUCACCACCUAUCGUUUAUGAUCCCCACCGAUCACCCUGUCCUUUAGUUGCCUCCACUUCGAAGCAUCUGUUUCAAUCACCCAUCCCCAGUAUUGGAAUCUAAUCAAUCUGGUUUUGUUUUCUUCUGUGUCUCUCAGCAGUUCAGGGUCAUGUUUGGCUUCUCAGCCAAACGUCAGAGAGAGCACGAUGGACUGCUCGAUCUCGACGAGAGCGCCAUUCAUGACAGGAAGGUAUGUCGAACCAA